AUGACGCAGGCCGGAGAACGCAGCUUCACAGCAGUCCUCAUCCAGGUGCGCACAAUAGCGGCUAGACUGCGCGACUCUGGCGACACGGCGCUGCGCGACAAAUCAAAGUGUACCUUCUACCAGUUUCUUGAGCUGUCCUCUGAUUUUCCUCCUCUAGAGCACAUGGAAGAGCUGCAGUCAGACGGCUCACCGGAGACUCCUCUGCGCUUCGUCUUCAAUCUCAGCAGUGUCCCAGAGGAAGAACUCAUUUCUACCGCAGAGCUUCGUAUCUACAGGCAACAGACAGAUGAUGCAAUCUCAGAUCCCCAACCCACGGGAGACGACGGUCUCCACCGGAUAAACAUAUACGAGGUGCUGAAGCCCCCGCGGGCCGGGCAGCUCAUCACGCAGCUGCUGGACACUCGACUGGUGCGCCACAACACGACCCGAUGGGAGAGCUUCGACGUGAGUCUCGCUGUGCUGCGCUGGACCCGCGACAAGAGCUCCAAUCAUGGCCUGGCCGUGGAGGUGGUGCCCCUGAACCCAACCUCACGUCACCAGGGACGCCAUGUACGCGUAAGUCGCUCCUUGCAUCCGCUUCCGGAUGAAGACUGGAACCAGCUUCGCCCGCUGCUGGUCACGUUCGGGCACGACGGCAAAAGUCACCCGCUGACGCGGCGAGCGAAGCGCAGCCCAAAGCAAAGAGGUCGCAAGCGCAACCGAAACUGUCGGCGGCACGCGCUUUAUGUGGACUUCAGCGACGUGGGCUGGAACGACUGGAUCGUGGCGCCGCCCGGAUAUCAGGCGUACUACUGUCACGGGGAGUGUCCGUUCCCUUUGGCCGAUCACCUGAACUCCACCAAUCACGCUAUUGUGCAGACGCUAGUGAACUCGGUAAACACCAACAUUCCCAAGGCCUGCUGCGUUCCCACCGAGCUCAGUGCAAUCUCCAUGCUCUACCUGGACGAGACGGACAGGGUGGUGCUGAAAAACUAUCAGGAGAUGGUGGUGGAGGGAUGUGGCUGCCGCUGACCGGGCCACAGAUACACCCUGGACACUUAUUUAUAACGUCCGUGUUGAGAUGUGUGUUUCUUGUCUCCUCGAUCAUAUAUUUUGACAAAAAAGUAUAUAUAAAUAUAUAUUUAUAUCAACAUAAUUAAAAAAUAAAAGCGUCCUUAUUUUAAUUAUAAUUCAGCUGUACAGCUUUUCAUAAUGUAUAUCAGACUGUACAAGGGUUUUUCUAUGAGCUAGAAGAAUUAGCCACUAAAAAGUUGAUUUACUGGUAAGUAUUUAUUUCUUUAAUACAAUAUACAUUCACCAAAUGCGUAGCCAAGCGACCCCCUCAGAAAGCAUCGUUUGUGUACUUAAAAUAGAGCACUGUGUGAAAUGCUAGGAAAACUGAUUUUCUUGCUAUAUCAGACGAAGAGAUCAGAUGUGUAUUGAUGUGCAUCAGCAUGUGAUUUACAUGUUCCCAAAAUAACUUUGUCGUUAAAUAAAUUGUGAAAGAUUCCAACAACAACGUGAGAUUAAUAAAAGGCAGU